GUUCUAAAGCUUCACUCCCAGUAUCCUUCAAAGGAGAGCAUGAGUGAAGGGCUGGGCGACCUGAACUCUGGUGCGUACGGCUCCCUGAAGUCACCGUGAAGCUUUGUAGGAAUGAACGGGAGCAUCCGAGCUCCCACCCAGAAAGGACAGGCUGGGCUCAGUCCGGCUCGGAGCCAGGACGUGGACGUGAGGGAGUCGCCUUCCCAUUUCCUCAUUCCCUUUCCUCGAGUCCCCUCCGCAACGGCCGACCCGGCGACAAACCAAGGCAACCAUGAGGUCCCCGCAGGGUCCCUUCCCGAUUCCCGGUGUGACAGUCCGACACCCGCGGACCGAUCCCCGCGGAACCCGGCCGCCAUCUUCCCCAUUGGCGCGACCCCAACCGCCACCCGCCGGCACCGGGAGCUCACCUCUCCUCGCAGUCUUUGCAUUUCACUAGCAAGGGAACAAGCUGCUGGAACAGAACUUCACUCAUGUCGGACCGCUGCCCCGACCGGAGGGUGAAAAAGCCCAGUAGGCCCGGCCCUCGGUAACAGCUUGAAAGAAGUGCGGGUCCUGAAGAGUUUGAGUUUGGCGCUUAGCUCCCGCGGAGGAGGAGGGAAACGAUAAACACAGAGAACGAAGGAGAUUUGGACCUCGUCAGCCACCAUCGCCCUCUUCCGGUUCAGGGAACGACCAAGCCAGGCUGAUGCGUAACUUCCGUGGACACACCCCCCUCAGACGGCCACGUUUGUUAAGGGAAGUGGGACCGAAGGAAAUUGACAACAUUGGGCUGAGCCGGGCCGAAAGGACCCAGACUUAUGGAGGCUCCUGCGGCGACUUCGCCCGCGAUCGGUUUUCCAACCGACGGUAGAUGCAGCUACUUUGUGGAAAAGAAGAAGCGCUUCUGCAGGAUGGUGGCGGCCGCGGGGAAAAGGUUCUGUGGUGAACACGCUGGAUCCGCAGAGGAAGAAAGUGCUCGGAAAAGAAUCUUGUGUCCUUUAGAUCCAAAACACACAGUAUAUGAAGACCAACUAGCAAAACAUUUAAAAAAAUGUAACUCAAGAGAGAAGCCUAGGCCUGAUUUCUUUAUUGAAGAUAUUAAUGCAGGAUUAAAGGAUGAAACAGAAAUUCCUGAGCAAUUAGUUCCAUUUUCUUCUCUAUCUGAAGAGCAGUUGGAAAACUUAAUUAAGAAAUUGAAAAAAGCAAGUGAAGGCUUGAAUUCUACACAUGAAGAUCACAUUAUGUCCCAUCCAGCAUUACAUGAUGCCCUUAAUGACCCAAGAAAUGGAGAUUGUGCAGUCAAGCACCUGAAACAGCAAGCUUCUAUUUUAGGUAACAUUGAAAAAUUAAAGUUACUUGGUCCAAGAAGAUGCUUUGUUGAGUUUGGAGCAGGAAAGGGGAAAUUAUCUCAUUGGGUUGAUAUUGCCUUAAAAGAUGCUGAAAACGUUCACUUCAUCCUGGUAGAAAAAGCGACCACAAGAUUCAAGGUAGAUGGUAAACACAGAAAAAAGAACUCAGUGUUUGAAAGACUUCAAAUUGAUAUCCAGCACUUGUGUUUGAACAGGAUUCCUGUGCUAAGAGAAGGAAGACUGCCCGUGGUAGGAAUUGGGAAGCAUCUCUGUGGGGUAGCGACAGAUCUUGCAUUACGAUGCUUGGUUGAAACCUACGCUGCCAGUUGUGAGGAAAAGGAUGAAGAACCUUUAGCCAAACGUGUAAGGAACGAUAAAACAGAAAAAGAAAGUAACACUUUGGCCAAGGAAGGAAAUGAAAACGAUGUCCCAGAGACACGGAACCCUGUGGCUGGCAUUGUGAUUGCGCUCUGUUGUCACCACAGGUGUGACUGGAGACACUAUGUGGGUAAAGAGUAUUUCAAGGCUCUUGGACUUGGGGCAGUGGAGUUCUACUAUUUCCAGAGGAUGAGUAGUUGGGCAACGUGUGGGAUGAGGACAUCUUUGGAAGCCUCGGAUGUUACUCCAGAGAGAAAAGAUGCCCAAAGGGACGAGAAUGAAGAGCACGAUGAUGGAGGAGACAGACUCAUGGAUGGCAGCACUGACAGUUUGCCUGGGAUUCUUACUGUUGAAGAAAAGAAGAAAAUAGGACAUCUUUGCAAACUGCUGAUUGACCAAGGCAGACUCCAGUAUUUACAGCAGAAAGGCUUCAGUCCUGCCUUACAGUACUAUACGGACCCAUUGGUGUCUCUGGAAAACGUAUUAUUAACUGCUGUACCAGCUCAUCUGUCAUCUCAGGAGAAAAAUCAUCCAUGAAAGGAAACGUGAACGUGAUGUUUGUCUUACACAAACCAAAAAAUUUAAAUUAUUUUUAAAUUACAUCUUGAUAUUCACAAAAAUAUUCACCAAGUUGUCAAAGUUUUCCUUUUCAGCGGGGCUCUUUAAAUGACUCUAUCCAUCAGAAUGUAUAGAGCUUGGCAUUUGAGUCAGACAGUUGACUUGUUCUUCUGAAAGAUAGAACAUCAGUAUAUGAUUACAGUAUGAACUCUUUGUAUUAAUCUAGUAAACUUAUCUUUGGUCUUAUUUGAUAUUUUUUCAUUUUUUGUGCUCCAGUUUUAAUAAACAGUUUGAGUUUAUAACAAGGA